GUAUCGCAUAGCUUUGUGAAGUCAUCAUGAGCGGGCGGUGAUCUCAUUCCCGCCCCAGCCCUAAUUCAUAUAACCGCAUGGAAGUAUGCAUCCAUCGUAGCCAUCUCAUCCACCAUGGACUCCACAAUAAAAUAACAUUCAUGCCAAUUCACCAGCUCAAAUCCAGGAUGUCUCACCUUCAAACCCUCCUCACCACCGCUGCUCACCCCCUCCCUCCUAUUCAUCAUCCCUCCUUCGCCUCCCAUUUCGACGACAUCCUUUCUUCCAGAGUCACCCUCCUCGGCGACGGCAGCCACGGCACCUCUCAGUUCUACUCCGCCCGGUCUGAGAUAACCAAACGCCUAGUCACUCACCACGGUGUCACCACCAUCGCCAUCGAAGCCGACUGGCCCGAUGCCGAAGCUGUCGACCGCUACGUGCGGCAACGUCCAGCCCCAAAGACCUCAUCCUCAUCGCAGCCCCCCUUCCAGCGCUUCCCAACAUGGAUGUGGCGGAACCAUGAGACCUUCGAUCUGAUCGAAUGGCUCCGGACGCAUAAUGCGACCCUCCCAGAUGCCCGGAAAGUCGGGUUCUACGGCCUCGAUUUGUAUAGUCUGGGGGCUUCAAUUCGCGCCGUCACAGAGUAUCUAGAUCGGAUUGAUCCAGCUGCCGGAAAAGAGGCGAGACGAAGAUAUGGAUGUCUGCAGCCGUGGGUUGACGAUCCCACGGCGUAUGGUCUCGCCUCGCUGCGUGGCAUGGCGGAUUGUGAGAAAGGGGUGGUGGACAUGUUGCGCGACCUGUUGCAGCGGCGUCUAGAGUACGCGGAGCUAGAUCCACACGACGGAGAAGAGUAUCAUAGCAGUCAGCAAAAUGCAUAUCUGGUGCGCGAUGCGGAGAGGUAUUAUAAGGCUAUGUACUAUAGCUCUGCAGACUCGUGGACGCUGCGGGAUACACAUAUGGUGGAUACCCUGCGACGUAUCCUUCGUCAUAAGUCCCCGGGAAGUAAGGCUGUGGUGUGGGCGCAUAACUCGCAUUGUGGGGAUGCGAGACAUACGGGGAUGGGAAAGGGGGGAAGAGAGGUGAAUAUUGGACAGUUGUGUCGAGAGCAGUUUGGAUCUGAGGUGACGUUGGUGGGCUGUGGUACACACACGGGCACGGUGGCGGCCUCGCAUGAGUGGGAUGAGGAUAUGGAGGUCAUGAAGGUCAAGCCAUCACGGGAGGAUAGCUGGGAGUGGUUGGCGCAUCGGACGGGAAUUGAGAGUUUUCUGUGGGAUUUGAAGGAGAUGAAGAUGAAGCCAGGACUGAAGGAGUUGAUGGAGAAGGAGAAACGGCUGGAGAGGUUCAUUGGAGUCAUUUAUCGCCCGGAUACAGAGCGCAUGUCGCAUUAUUCCGAGGCUGACUUGUUGAAUCAGUUUGAUGCGUACGUCUGGUUUGAUCGGACGGAGGCUGUGAGGCCAUUGGAAACCGAACAGCCAAGGACAGCGAUGGGAACAGAAGAGACAUAUCCAUUUGGCUUGUAGAUUACAUGCCAGAUGAGUCUGCAAUGGAGUCAGAUUAUGGGGUUGUAUAGAGGCAUAAAAUACCUAGAGUGGAAGUGAAGUAAACAAGGAAUGAAAGCAUCAAUGACCGAGUAUUCCAGGAUUUUAAAGCAGA